AUGGGCAGCCCCCAGCCAAUAAGGUGUCGGUCCGCCAACGUCUGUUGCUCCAGAGGGUGCCUGGAGCUAAAUGUUAGCCAAACAUGGAAAGCAGACGGAAACCUAGAAACGGCCAUUAUCAACCGAGAGCUGAGAAGGCUUAACAUUGACAUUGCUGCCUUACAGGAAACCAGACUCCCAUCAAACGGUAGCCUAAGAGAGGAGGAUUAUACAUUCUUCUGGCAAGGAAACGAACCAGAGGAAUCACGUAUACACGGUGUAGGAUUCGCAGUGAGAAACUCUCUACUUUCAUCAGUGGAACCGCCUCAAAAGGGUACACCCAGAACCCUGUCUCUUCGCCUCUCCACCUCCUCCGGGCAUGUCAACAUUCUGAGCAUCUAUGCUCCCACACUCAGCUCCACAGUGGAGACAAAGGAUACGUUCUAUGAGGCGCUUGAGACUACCAUCAGUGAGAUCCCAACCACAGAACAAGUAUAUCUGCUUGGGGAUUUUAACGCAAGAGUGGAAACUGACCAAGAAGCUUGGCCUCGCAACAUCGGCCACUUUUACGUGGGGAAACUAAGUGAUAACGGUCAGCGACUUCUUGAGAUAUGCUUCUACCACGACCUGUGCAUAACCAACACAUUCUUUGCCACAAAGCCCCAACACAGAGUCUCAUGGCGUCAUCCUAGAUCAAACCAUUGGCACCAACUGGACCUUGUGAUCACCAGAAGACGCUCACUGAACUGUGUCCUGACAACCCGCAGCUACCACAGUGCGGACUGCGAUACCGACCACUAA